AUGUCGAGGUUAGUCCACCUGCCGGAGAGGACUAAUAUACGGGGGCUAUGGGAUGAUGCCGGUGCCUCUGAGGCUGACAAGCAGCUCAAGUUGCAGAACGCUGAGGUACUGAAGAAGGAGCAGCGCCUGGGCAUCGGAGGUGAACACACUCAUUCUGCCGUGAUGGAGCUGUCACCACAGCCUACGCGAAGUGCAAAAGGCUACUCCCGACGCAACAGAAGUCAUUUCAGCCUUUCACACCCGCAGAACAAUCCUGUGAAGCAGGAAUGGUUGGUAUCGCCGGACGUUUCAUGGGAGUCGGGUGUGUCCCAAGGUGUUGACGGACGUGGUGGACGGUGCGGACGCGGGCGCGGGCGGGGGAUGUACGCCUCUACAGAACUGCGUGACGGCCUAUCCGUUACCUCCACCGCGCAGUGCUGGAGUGGCGCAACCGUCAACCAUCCGUCGAUGUUGGCGAUUCGACGGCACCAUGACGACGUGGCUGCAGCGUGCGGUGGUGGCGGGAGCAGCAGGCGGCGGAUCGAUCGUCUGCCCGUCGGGUACCAACUCGCCUCGCACUUGAGCGGAGGAGUGGAAUCUCAGCCGGUGGGAUACCGCAUCCGUGUGGAGGAGGAAACCGGUGGCCCACGGGGCUCAUUUUUAUGGCCCGGAAACACUAACCCCGCACGCAGGUCAACUUCGAUAGACGUUGUGCCUUUUAACGGUAAGCCCGCUUGCGGUGUGGAUGAAGCAAGUGGUGAAUUCGUUUCACCUGUGGUGUGUGUGAUGAACCAAGGCAGUGGUCCAUCGGGACUUCUCUCCUCAAUCACUCAUGGGUCCACAUCUCACGUCACUGUGGGUGCUGCGUGUCGUCCACUAUUGUCCCCGCUCCUUACGGAGGUGGACCUUCGCUUACGCCGCCAAGGGCUCGGGGCCCUCUCCGAUCUCUGGGCCGCGUGCCCCGAAGCGAUGGACAAGGUUCUUGCACUCACAGGAUUCGAUGGGAACCAACGGCGAACGAUCCUCUGGGAGGUGCGGCGCAUGGCUUAUUUUUCUGCACGACACGAGGCUCUGUUCCAUCAAGAUCAGUGCUUCCACUGA